GUUGCCUGUUGCCUGGACGACUUUCGAUUUUUUUUACAGUCUUGAGCAGAGGAGAUGGAGAAGUAUGAGAAAAUCAAAGUGGUCGGAAGAGGAGCUUUUGGGAUAGUGCACCUGUGUCGCCGGCGCAGUGAUGGGGCUUUUGUGAUCCUGAAGGAGAUCCCAGUAGAGCAGAUGUCCCGUGAUGAACGCCUUGCUGCCCAAAACGAGUGUCAGGUGCUGAAGCUGCUCAACCACCCCAACAUCAUAGAGUACUAUGAGAACUUCCUGGAGGACAAGGCUCUGAUGAUCGCUAUGGAAUAUGCACCAGGUGGAACCCUAGCCGACUACAUUCAGAAGCGCUGUAACUCCCUGCUGGAUGAGGACACCAUCCUGCACUUCUUUGUCCAGAUUCUGCUGGCUCUGUACCACGUGCACAACAAGCUCAUCCUACACCGCGACCUGAAGACUCAGAACAUUCUGCUUGACAAGCAUCAAAUGAUCGUCAAAAUAGGCGACUUUGGAAUCUCCAAAAUCCUAGUCAGCAAGAGCAAAGCCUACACUGUGGUGGGGACCCCAUGCUACAUCUCCCCGGAGCUGUGUGAGGGGAAGCCCUACAACCAGAAGAGUGAUAUCUGGGCCCUGGGCUGUGUUCUAUAUGAGCUAGCCAGCCUCAAGAGAGCUUUCGAGGCUGCUAACCUACCUGCCCUAGUGUUGAAGAUCAUGAGCGGUACCUUUGCCCCAAUCUCAGACCGGUACAGUACAGAACUCAGGCAGCUCAUCAUGAACAUGCUCAAUCUGGACCCGUCCAAACGCCCUCAGCUCAAUGAGAUCAUGGCCCACCCUGUUUGCAUCAGACCCCUGCUAAACCUCUAUACUGAUAUAGGCAACGUCAAAAUGCGCAGAAUUGAGAAACCACUGUCCACCGUACAGUCAGGAGGUCAUGGUAGACAAGGAGGGCGAAUGACCGGCACAAGGUCCUUCAGAGAUGGACGGAUGGGAACAGGAAAGUUGCACUCCUUCCCCCUGUCAUCAGUGUACACAUGGGGCAGUGGCAUCUCUGCGCCUCUGCGUCUACCCAUGCUCAACACAGAGGUGCUGCAGGUGGCCCUGGGACGCACACAGAAGAUGGGCGUCACCAAGUCAGGCCGACUCAUCACCUGGGAGGCUCCGUCAGUAGGAUCUGGUGAGCCCACUCUGCCUGGUGCAGUAGAACAGAUGCAGCCACAGUUCAUCUCUCGCUUCCUGGAGGGCCAGUCUGGAGUCACCAUCAAGUCUGUGUCCUGUGGGGAUCUCUUCACCACCUGUAUGACAGACCGAGGUAUUAUUAUGACAUUUGGAAGUGGAAGCAAUGGCUGUCUCGGACAUGGAAAUUUUAAUGACGUAACACAGCCCAAGAUUGUAGAGGCCUUACUCGGAUACGAGCUGGUCCAGGUGUCAUGUGGUGCUUCCCAUGUGCUUGCUGUGACCAAUGACAGAGAAGUAUUCUCCUGGGGAAGAGGAGACAAUGGUCGCCUGGGGCUGGGCACCCAGGACUCCCACAACUCUCCCCAGCAGGUGUGUGUGCCAGGGAAGUUUGAGGCCCACAGGGUGCUGUGUGGAGUGGAUUGCUCCAUGGUAAUCAGCACCCAGAACAGCAUUCUGGCCUGUGGCAGCAACAGGUUCAACAAGCUGGGGUUGGAUAAGAUCAAUGCUGCAGAGGAGCCAGCCCCCUGUGACCAGAUUGAAGAAGUCUACUUGUUCAGUCCUGUCCAAUCAGCACCUCUGAAUGUGGACAAGGUUGUUUACAUUGACAUUGGAACAGCCCACUCUGUUGCUGUCACAGAGAAGGGUCAGUGUUUCACAUUUGGCAGUAACCAGCAUGGUCAGCUGGGCUGUAGCUCCCGCCGGACCAGUCGUGUGCCUUAUCCGGUGCCGGGCCUUCAGGGAAUCAUCAUGGCAGCCUGUGGGGAUGCAUUCACUCUGGCAAUUGGAUCAGAAGGGGAGGUGUAUACCUGGGGAAAGGGGGCCCGUGGGCGCCUCGGAAGAAAAGAGGAGGAUUCUGGGAUACCGAAGGCAGUGCAGCUCGACGAGAGUCACCCGUUCACGGUGACGUCAGUGGCAUGUUGUCAUGGCAACACUCUGCUGGCAGUGAAACCUUUGCUUGAGGAGCCAGUCCCCAGAUGAUACAGCUCUGAAAACCAUCCCACCACUGUCCACCCCUUCAGUAGCUGUCAGGAGAGAAACAGUGGCACAAGGUGAAGGACUGCUAGCCUCCUCUGAAUAACCUCUUCCAGUGGCCGGUAGUUCACUAAGCUGUUGGAGGAUUCCUGCACAUCUUACACAGUUUCAGUUGCCCUGUCUCAAGUCAGUAAUUUUUUUUUUUUUUAUAUUAUGUUUUUCAUACAGUAUUAUGUAAAUGGUGGGGCUUUAUUAAUGGCACAAGUUAUGGAACAAAUGCAAAACAAUCCUAUUUAGCUUCCCGAGCUUAUGUAGCUUGUAGCUAAUAGAAUGCUUUACCAAAAGUAUUGGAGUGAGAUUGCAGAAGGAAUUGGGGAGCUGUCCUGCUGUAAAGUUUUGUCCUCUCUCACCAGUGAGGUUAGCAUGAUAAAACACACAGUUCCAGGAUGUCUAACUGGUUUGGUAGCUUUAUUUACCCAGUAUUGAGUUAGACAAAACAAUGUGUGUGAAGAAGGAAGGCUGCUCGUUUAGGACUGCCACUACCGUGUGAGCCUACUAACUGACUUGUCAGUCAAAUGAAGCAAGCAAGUACGGCACUUCAAAUCUUAAGCACGUUAUCAGUGUGCUUUUAGGAUUAGUCCUCAUCAAUUGGUUUAGAAAGUUUGGUUUUCAUUCACAAUAACAGAUUGUGUGUUUAGUAUCAUAGUAAGGUACUUUUAGACAACACAUGAACAGUGACAUUUUCUUUAAGACGGUUGACUAAAGGAGGCCACUUCUAGACCUUUCAACCCUCAAGAGUUCAAAGAUUGUUUAAGAUUUUGUAUGUAGAGGUGCCACUAACAGAAUGGCACAGGUGUGAGAGACACAUUAAGAGUCAAUAUUGGCUCUUCAGCUGUGUGUGUGUCGUAGGCAUGAGCCAGUUUGAUAUGAUGUGCUUAAUUAGAACCCUUAAUGCAUCCCAAAUGGCACCCUAUUCUCUACAUAGUGCACUAUUUAUGGGCCCUGAUCAAAAACAGUGCACUAUAUAGGGAAAAGGGUGAUAUUUGGGACGCAUACACUAGCUUGAUCCUACUCUGGAAAGCCUCCAAACAGGCUGGGAUGGUAAGUGCUCCAGACAGAGGAAAUCAAUGUUAUUGGCCUGCUCCUUACUAUCUCUAUGUCACCCACACUAGUAUCAGUGAUGUAGUGGUAAAGAAUAGGUGGUUAAACUGAUCACUGGUCACAGUGAAAAAAGUAACGCUCCAUAUACUUUCAAUGCAUUUUCCACCAAAAUGUGGGUAAACUUUAGUGCAAAAAAAGGUGCAUCACUGUCUGGUAUCCAAGAUGAUUUCCAAGCAGAUGUUUUUGUUUUCCAUUUUUGGAAGAAAUAUGAACAUGAUUUAUGUUAGUGCUUUGCCUGCAGUGUUGCCAAUUUGUCAGAACAUUCCUCUUCAUUUACCUUCUGUGGUACCACUGACACAAUUUUUCUGUGAGAAUUUUUUAAAUCUUAUUUCCCAAUCAUUAUGUAACAAAUAACAAUUUAUAUUUGUGCUGUUAUUACAUAGUUACUGCCUUUGUUGGUAUAUGAAUAUGCCAUUUUAUAAAUUCUGUCAAAUUAGAAGGAAUGGUCUAUUCUUGUAUUGUACAUAAUGUACCAGAUAAUUGAUAAACACUGUAUAGUAUGCCUAUUGUAUGUGAUACAAUUAUCAACCAAAUUAUAAAUUAAUAAGGGACAAGAAAUUUGAAAUGGAUUUUCUUUGUUUAGGUCGCUAUUUCAUGUCAGAUUACUUUAGUCAAAACUGAGUUAAAUCAUUUGUAAUGAUUGUGAAAACAGUUUAUGAAGAAUUGAGGCAGCAAUAAAUCAGGAGUUAGAAAAA